UCUGAAUGAUGACGGAAUCUAUAAUGAAGGACGAAUUAAAAGAAUUACAAUGUCGGUUUGAUGAUCUCCUCCCUCAGCUGGGUUUAAAUGACAAGAUCACGUUAUACAGAGAUUUUGUAAGAAAUGCCGAAAUUUUUUUAAAAGCCGGUUGUUCCUCUUCCCUCGACAAUGAAGCCUCUUUAGUCUUAAUGAAACCAGGAAAGACAGAGGCAAGUGUUUCGCCGCGGCGGAAGAUUAAGAAACGGCGGAAAAUUCUGAAAAAACGUUCUGAUAAGGAUUCUAAAAUAAGAGACUCUGUAGGGAAACCGGAAAUACAAAUAGAAGAAUAUCCGGAGGAUCCACUUCCGGAAAACCAGGAAGAUAUAAGUAGAAAAACAGAAGAAGAAGAUGGAACGAUUACCCUUGAAGAGUUUGCAACCACUGUACUACAAAGAGAAGAUGACUAUAUUAAACUUAAUGUUGGAAAACAUUUAGAAAGUUUAUCAGAAACUAAACAGAGCCAGGCAAUAAACCUUGCAAUAUUCUGGAAAGACAAACUUAUGGAUAGAAGAAAUAGGAGGAAGUCUAUUCCGAAUCCUACAAGUAGUUCAGAAUUUCCCACAACGUUUUUCUGGGACACUACGGAGAUAGUUGGGAAGCCUAGUAAACUGACAAACACCAGCAAAUCAAAAGUCUCAUCUUUUUCGGGACUUCCACACAAAAAGGAGCGAACCUCACAAAUUUCUACGGAUCGUGCCAUGCAUAUUCUUGGAGUUGGUAACCUACAGAAGCUUGACGCCAAAACAGUGGUAAGUGUGAUUAAAACUGUUCAUUUUAACUUUGUUCACUUGAAAGCACAAAAGUAA